AUGGCUUCGUAUCAAGACAAUCCGCAGCGGAUGGUGACUGUUGCAGCCGCUCAGAUGGGCCCAGUGCACCUGGCAGACAGCCGCGAGGCUGUUCUGAAACGAAUGUGUUCACUCCUGGAUCAAGCGGCCGAUCAGGGCGCGCUACUAGUCGUGUUUCCUGAGCUCGCCUUUACCACAUUCUUCCCAAGAUAUCUGCUCACACCCGAAGAGCUUGCCCGGUAUUUCGAGGUUGAGGAUGCACAAAGCCACCCGAUUGAGCAUUCUCGCAAUGUCAAGCCGCUGUUCGAUCAUGCACGGAGGUUGGGAAUCGACAUCUGCGUAGGGUACGCCGAGAGAAGUCCUCAAACAAACGAUUCGCACAACGACUACAAUUCGUGCGUAUACUAUUCGGCCCAAACUCAAAAGAUCGUGGGGAAAUACCGCAAAGUGCAUUUGCCAGGUGCUGUCAAUCCGUACACCGCACCCGGCGCCUUCCAGCAGCUUGAGAAGCGAUACUUUCGCGCCGGGGACCUAGGGUUUCCUGCAUUCCGAGCUCCUGGUCUUGUUCAAGGCGCUCUGAAAAAAGAAAACGGAUUGAAAGAUCCUGCCGUAACCGCCGGAAAAGGUGAUCCAAUCAUUGGCAUGUUGAUUUGCAACGACAGACGAUGGCCCGAGGCUUGGAGGGUCUACGGCUUACAAGGAGUGGAGAUUGUCUGUUGUGGUUACAAUACCACAGCAUUUGCCACCAAGGAUUCCGGUGAAAUGGUGGACAUGAGUCCCGAAGAGGCUGAAGAGGAGGUACUCCUUCAUCACAAGCUCUCUUGUCAGGGCAACAGUUACAUGAAUUCCUGCUUCAGUAUCAAUGUUGCGAAGACGGGUGCUGAAGACGGCAACCCUUUGGUCGGCGGGACCAUGAUCGUGCAUCCAAAUGGCCAUAUCAUCAAAGAAGCAGAGACUAAGGAGGACGAACUGGUGGUUGCGACGAUAAAUCUGGCAGAUUGUUAUCGCGGCAAAGGCAAGACAUUUGCGUUUGCGAGACAUCGACGACCAGAACACUACGGCGUCAUUGUUGAGCGCGCAGGGGUGGUUGAACCGGACCUGUUGUGA